UAACAUAAAGAAAACACGAACUGUGAUGGAAUGUCUGCACCGCUUUUGCAGAGAAUGCAUUGACAAAUCAAUGCGACUUGGGAAUAAUGAGUGCCCAGCUUGCCGCACACACUGUGCAAGUCGGCGUUCUUUGAGAGAUGAUCCAAAUUAUGAUGCUUUAAUUGCUGCUUUAUAUCCAGACAUUGACAAGUAUGAGGAGGAGGAAUUGGCUUUUCAUGAGGAGGAAAGGACACGAAACAAGCAGAUCCAAGCUUCAAUUGCUCAAAUAUUUCAACGACAAUCUGAAGCACUAGUUAGGAGACACACAAUGGGUAAAGAAACAACUGGUCCAUUCAUGGAAAAGUCACAGCGCAAUCAUCGGACAGUCCCCUCAAGGAGGCGGCGGAACAGCCGAGGCACUGAAUUCCAAGGAUCUGAAGACAUCGAUUAUGAAAAUGAUGAUAAUGGAGGUAAGGAUUCAUCUUCUACUGAUGAACGCUCCACAGAAGUAAGGCAGCGCAGGCGCAAGAGACGGCCAGGAAUUAGGCCUUCUCAACCUUCUUCAUCAGCUUCAAAUCCAGAGGGCGGAUGCAUUGAAAAUGAUUUAGAAGCCACCAGAGAGAAUAGAGGAAUAUCUCCUGGCCUUGUUUGGAAUACAGAAAUGCUUGCCUGGGGCAGGGGUGGUACUCGAAGUCAUACACGGCAUGGUAAUGCUAGCGGUUGCAACAACAAGACUGCCAGAAGCACUCGCAUAUCCAAGCUGGUAGAAUAUCUCGGGAGCUUAGAGGAAAAAAAUGAUGAGUUGGAUGUUCACCUAAUGCUUACUUCUAUGGACAAGGAAAGUUUCACGAAUUUGAAACAGCCCUACCUUUGCUGUCAACCCAGUUUGUCAGUCAAACACCUAUGUGAAUAUAUUGCUCAGAAAAAGUCUUUGGAAGCUGAAGAAGUUGAAAUAUUUUUAGUUAAAGGGCAGCACAACCUUAUUGACAACCUGUCCUCUGUGCAUCCACCAAUAUCAGUGGAUGAGCUGAAUUUGAAAGGGCAGGAAACUUUGGCAUGUCUUAGAGCCAAUUGCACUUCCAAUAGAGGUUACAUGAUUCUAGCAUAUAGGCAGAAGGGGACGACUUAGCAAAUUUUCUAUGUAUUUAUGAUGGAAGGAAGAAAAGGUUUGUUAACAGUUUGUAGUUGUAUGUAAAUUUGUAUUGAGAUUUCGGAAUGAGGUUUAAGCUUCUUCCUUCACAAUGGAAAGCUUUUCUAAGACCCGGAUUUGUAUACUGUUUUUUACACCCACCCAAAAAAAAAGGAAGGAAAAAGGUUUCCCACAGGGAUAACCAUUCCAACUAAAAAUUUCUGAAA